AUGGGGCAGCAGCGUGAGAUUCUCGUGGUUGCAGGUUCGGGGAGAUGGAGCAAGGAUGGAGGCUACGAGAGCAGGUGGAGGGAGAUGAGGAGUGGGAGAAUGGACCAGGCAGGCGGAGGGACUUUAGAGAGGGAAAGCAGCAGAGUGGAUGGCGGAUAUGGCUGCAUAAAGGACAGCAGCAGAGGUGGCGGAUACAGCAGGCUGGUGGUAGUUGCAGGCGGUGGAAAUGAAGAAGAGAAGAGCAGGGGAAGAGGGGCGAAAGGGGUGGAGAAUGAGAGCGAGCUUUGGGUGCAAAUAAUGUUGAGGAGAUGGGGGCGAGAGAAGAGAGAGGAGUAUGGAUGGCAGGAGGUGUGGAAGCGGGGUUGGUGCCUGGUUCCCCCUGGUCUUCGUGAUAAGGAUGGAAAGGCCCUCAACAAGGGGAACAUUUACAUAACAGAAGCAAGCCCACCAUGUGUGACACAUGCCUAUCUUCAACAAUUUAGAAAGGAUUUCUCUCAUUUCCUCAAGUUAAGGUCACAAGAGGUGGUAACCGAUGGGCGCAUGGUGCUAAUAUUCUUUGGUCGAAGGGCUAAGCAGGUUGAUGAUGAAUGUGCUGUUCUGCUCACCACGUUGGGGAAAGCUAUAAGCAUUUUGGUGUCCAAGGGACUUGUAGAAGAUGAGAAGCUGGAUUCAUUUGAUUUACCCUGCUAUACCCCAUGUGUUGAAGAAGGUGAAGAAGUGGUAGAGGGCCAAGGGUCCUUCACGAUUGAGCAUUUUGAGCAACUUGGAUUGGCCCCAUGGGUGGUUGAUCAGAAUGGUAGAGACGUAGAUGUGAUCACAAGGGCUGUGGUAGAGCCCAUGAUCAAUCAUCAUUUUGGGGAGGGAUUCAAGAACAUGGUAUUUGAAGAUUAUGUUAGGCUAUUUGAAUGGAAAUACUUGAAGGGAGGAAGAAGUAUGUUCAUUUUGUUCUAG